AUGCUUUUUCGAGAGGGGAAAAAAAAGGACCUUCCUCUGUUCCUAUGCUAUGAUAGAGAGACGCUCGAGGCCCAUGGGUCUGUGGGAACAUUUGAAUUAGCAUCAUCCAGGUCGUUCAACAUCGAAAGGCGGGCAAAGUACCACAUCCCAGCGUCCGCCAAGGCAAUGGCGCGUAGAGAAUUGAAGGAAGCGCUGCACCACGGCGGCCAGGCCGCAAGAAGCGUUAUGGUCAACGGCGGCGGCGGGGCCGCCGGAGGAUACGACGGCUACCACCCAGCCGCCCAGCAGCAGCAGCAGCAGCAGCAGCAACAGGGAGCGGCGACGGCGGUGGCAGGGGAGGGGUCCGACGCAGAAUCCCCGGAGAGGCCGAGGCAGAAGCGGAAGAGGCAGUCGACCAAGAAGGGCCUCAUGACCGCCACCGAGGAGGAGCUGGCCGAGCUAGACGAGGGCCUCUCGGACGACGAGCCGGUCAGCUGGCGGAAGACUUCGGGGCAGCGCCGCGCAGGACGUGUGCAGACGGACAAGAGGAAAAAGAAGUGUCCCAGCUGCAACGAGAUGAACCCCAUGUCUGUCAAGGCAUGCCGGGAAUGCGAUACGGUUUUCCCGGUUGGUGCUCGGCUGGACUCGGUUGUCACGAGCGAGGAGCUGCGGGAGAAGUUUAGCUUUGAGCCCGAGUUCAACAAGGACGGCACACCGAUGAUCGAAAAGAUCCUGGGGAGGCGUCCCAUAAAAGAGCCGGAUCCUGACGACGAAGAUGCGAUGUCAGUGCUAAAGAAGCACCACCGCGCGGCCCACUACGGACACUACUACGAAUGCUUGGUGAAGUUCAAGGGGGUGGCCUACAACAAGGUGGAGUGGAUGUCGGACUUGGACGUUCGAUCCUUGGGUAUGGUGGCAUCGCGGAUGCUGACCAACUACAUCAAGUCCAAGGAAAAGGAGGGGUACGAGAAGGGGGAAAUGGGCUCCGAAGACGAGGAGUACUUCGACCCAAACUACCUAGAGGUGGAAAAGGUGCUGGACUCCAAGUGGUUCAAGAUGGAGCGGGAGCGGUACCCAGACGGCUUCGACCCCGCCGCGUUUCUCGAGAGUCAGGAUGACGAGGAGGGAAUGGAGGAUGAUGGCGCGCUGGACGAGCCGCCCGCGGAGCGCACGCCCCCGCCCGAGUGGGAGGACGAGGGAGUGGCGAUUCCCCUGCAGGCAGGGAAGAGGACGAAGGAGGACCCCGACUGGCGGCCGAUGACUCGCUGCCGUCACGUCCUCUCCGCGCUGAUGGAAGACGACCUUUCCCUGGUCUUCCACGACCCGGUGGACCUGGACGCUUACCCGUCGUACGAGGAGAAGGUGGACGAGCCCAUGGACUUGGGCACCAUCAAGGGCAAGCUGGACAACUGGGAGUACCGCCGGAACGACCCCAUGGGGUUCCUCAGGGACGGCCGCCUCGUGUUCACGAACUGCAAGGUGUUCAACAAGUUCGGGUCCGCGAUCUGGUACAUCGCGGACUAUCUCCAGGCCAAGUUCGAACGCCUCUUCCAGGCGUGGGUGAUGAACUUCGGGGACAAGGACGACCGCAUCCCCUGGGAGGAGCCGAGGGCGAGGCCGUGGGAAGAGUGGUGCCGCAAGUGUGUCGGGCCGGAGCGGAAGAACAACAAGAUGCUGGUGUGCGACACGUGCGAUGCCGAGUACCAUCUUAAGUGCCUCAGGCUCUCUUCGGUUCCCAAGGGCCAGUGGCUUUGCCCCAUCUGCACGGUAAUGCUUCGCAAGGGGCAGACUCUGUUCUCCCACCAGACUGAGGUCGAGAAGGCCAAGCUGUCCCAGAUGCCGCAGCCCACGGUUGAGGUUGUGGACGAGCUCAAGUACCUCAUCAAGUGGAGCGGGCUUUCCUACCAGUUCUGCACCUGGGAGACGCGGGAAGAGCUCAACAAUGACGGGGCGAUCGACCGAUUCCACAAGCUCAACGACCACCCGCCCCUGAGCCCGCCCAUGUCAGAGGAGGAGCUGAUGCGGACCCUGGCCAAGAACAACCACGACGUCCUGCCGGCCCUGCUCGAGCCUAGCUCCAUGCUCGAGUACAACGCGCAGAUUUACAGCCAGAUUCGGGCGUUCCACUUCCUGCGGUGCGGCAUGUCGCCCCCGACGGGGCUGCUGAGAGAGUGCGGGAAGCCGACGUCAGGCCUCGGAGAAAGCAAGGAGGCGGUGGAGAAGGCGGCGGUAACCGGUGCGGCUUCCCAGGCACCCUCGAGAGCCGAGGAAGACGCGGACGAGAUCAGGUCGCUGUUGUUCGACAUGAAGCACUCGAUCUCACACGCGACGAAGUACGAGGCUCCCCCUCGGACGGACAUGGCUCCGCUCCCGAUGCACCAGUAUGAGUACGAGGUGACCCUUCCUAAGGAGCACGGCAGCCUGUUCAUGAACAUCCACCAGCAGGACCACCACGGCAUCAUCUGUGUCUCGGUGUCGUCGCUGUGCCCCAGGAUGCCACCUAGGCAGCGCGAACCCACGCCAGUGAUGCGGUCGCGCAUGGUGGAGGUCGGGGACGUGAUCACGGCCAUCAACGGACAGCCCAUGGUCGGCCAGAACACCUCCGUCGUUGCUAACGCCCUCCAGGCGCUGCCGGCCUGCGUUACCCUGCGCCUGGUGAAGUACGGUUUCGACUUCGUCCCGGAUGUGGUGGUGAAGCAGACGACGUGGGCCAGGGAAUUCGAAGCCCGGCUCGAUGCCGGGACGCCAUACGUCGACCCGAACGCUCGUCCUAAGGUCGAUGAGUCCGCGCGAUGGCAAGACAGAAUCGAGGGGAUGAUUAACAUGUUGAUCCGGAUAUCCAACUGGAUAUGGAAACACGAGUACGCGCCGAAGAGAUGGAGAGGAGUAGUCGUGAACCUGUUCAAAAAGGGGGAUAAAGCUGACCCGGGGAAUUAUAGAGGGAUAACCCUGUUGAGCACAGUGGGGAAACUGUUUGGCAAGAUGAUAGACAAUAGAAUGGGAGACAUGUUGGAGGGGAAACAAAAGAUCAGCGAAGGACAAGCUGGAUUUAGACCAGAUCGUAGUUGUGUAGACCAUGUAUAUACGUUGAGUAAAAUCAUCCAAGGUAGGAAAGACGCCGGGCGUACGACAUACUGUUUCUUCCUCGAUAUACAAAAAGCCUACGACACCGUAUGGCGCAAUGGAUUGUGGAAAAAGAUGUGGGACAUCGGCAUCCGGGGGAAAAUGUGGAGGAUGUUGAAAAAGAUGACAGAAUGCACAAGAAGUGCGGUGAUGUUGGAUGGGGAAAUUUCGAAGUACGUGGAUAUACUCCAAGGAGUCGCACAGGGCUGUACGAUGUCACCCACUCUAUUUAAGAUUUACAUCAACGAUUUGAUAAGGGCGGUUGAAGCAGUAAGACAGGGAGUCCAAGUAGAGGGAAAGAGUGUGUCCGGACUGAUGUUUGCAGAUGAUUUCGUGGGGGUAUCCGAAACACCAGAAGGGUUGCAAGAACAAAUAGAUGCGGCGGUAGGAUACACCCGAAAAUGGAGACUGUCGGCGAACGUAGGAAAAUGCGCAGUAGUGGUCUGUAACGAAGAUAAGAAAAAUCCCGUAGAAUUCAAAUGGAAAUGGGGGGAGGAAGAACUACCGGUAGUAGACAAGUAUACGUACCUGGGAGUAGAGAUUUCGAAGGAGUGCUCAUGGGACGCACACAUAGCGAAGUUGAUUGGGAAGGGUAAAGCUCAGAUAGGCAAGAUGGACGAGAUCCUUACGGACCCACACCUAGACACUAGGAUUAAGAGGUGUAUUCUCUUGAAGGUGAUUGUACCUAAGCUAGAGUAUGCAGGAGAGAUAUGGGAAGGUAACGAAAAGGCCGUCAAGCAGCUGGAAACGGUGCAGAUGGCAGCGGCCAAGAAAAUACUAGGAUGUUCAAGUACAACGAGCAACACUGUAUUGAGAGCAGAAUUGGGAAUGUACUCUCUUAAAACAAAGAGAGACAUGCAGAAGUUGAAGUGGCAGUACAAGGUAAGUAGAAUGUCGGACGAUAGACUACCAGCCAUGGUUGACGAGGCAGCUUGGGGAAAAGCGACUCCAGGGAAGAAGGGAAUCAGAUGGGACAAGGUGGUAGAGAAGGUUUGGAAGGAGAUAGGAGACGAGGAGGAGACGUUGGACACGGAAGGGUUCGGGGGGUUCAAGACGAAAGUCAAGGAGAUGCUAGAGAGUAGGGAGGAGACAACCCUUCGGAAGAAGGUACGAAGCGAAGACCACUUGGAGAUAUACGGGAAGUUGAAAGAAGGGAUAGGGAUGAAGAAGUACUUGGACGGCCCCAUGGACUAUGCGAAAAAGCUGAAAUUGCAAUUUCGAGUAGGCGAUCUGGACUUGCCAGAACGGAGGAAGAGGUAUACCAGCCGUAGGAGAGAGGAAGAGGAGGAUAGACACACAUGUCCAUGUGGCAAAUCGGAGGAGAGUAGACCCCACAUAGUUGGGGAGUGUGAGUUGUACAGGAAGGAAAGAGAGGAUCUCGAGGAGGAAAUGAGACAGAGAGGGUGUGACAUGGACAAGUUUGGUAAAUUAGACAACAGCGAAAAAACGAUCGCGAUAAUUGGGGAUAGAUGGUGGGCACAAGAGGCCCUAGAGGACGGGGAUAAGAUGUGCAAGAAAUUUUUAUGGAGUUUGUGGCAGAAACGUAAAGAGCUCCCAAAUGCUGUUGAGGACGAGUUGACGAGGUCUGCCUCUUCCGGUGCUGCUGUCGGGGAGGCGACGAUAGAGGCCGAGCACCGCAUCAUCGAAGAGCUGGGGCCGAAGCGGAGGCUCCUGAUGGCCGUCAACGAGAGCAAGGGGAGGCCGAGCCCCGCCGAGUGGUCGGACGUGGGCUACCUGUACAGCCUCGGGGACUAUGUGUACGCCCACGAGAACAUGGGUCACGUGGAGAGCAUCGCCGCCCGGCGGCACGACCCGAGGGCUAAGCCGAUCGAGCAGCUCAGGGCGGAGACAGGAGAGGUGGUCAAGGUGUGGCCGUCCAUGACCGCCGCUGCGGCUGAGCUGAACGUCGGGGUGUCGGCGCUGUCGGCGUGUGUGAACGGCAUCACGGCCCAGGCGGGCGGUUGGAAGUGGCGCUUCGCCUCCAAGCACACGGCCACGGCCCUCAAGAUGGGGGUGUACCGCAAGGGAAGGGUGGCGGACAUGUCGGCCGGCCCCGGGGCGUACCUCGAGCCCGAGGCCGCGGCCGCCCAGAUCGCCGCGGGCCGUCAAGGGCGCGGGUUCGACAGCGACGACGAGCAGCUGGUGUUCGGCGAUAACGCCAUCACGGUUCCGCCGAAGGCAGAGGCCAUCGAAGCGGCCAAGAAACCACCGGAGGGCGAAAACGGAGAACCCGCGGCCGCGCCUGACGGUGCGGGUCCCGUGGAUGCGGAAAAUUCCGCCAGCGGCGGCCUCAAGGUCGAUCCCAACGACCCAGACGCGCAGAGGCGGUUCCAGCAGCAGGGGGAGCACGGCGCCGCCGCCGCCGCCGCCGCUCGCGAGCAGGAGAUACGGCGACUGGCUCUCCUCGCCAGCGGGGGCGGAGAGAUGAUGACGCACGACGGCCGCCCGGUGUACGACAACAUGGCCGGCGGCGCUGCCGCCGCCGCUCUUGCAGAAGGGUACGGCGGAGCAGGGGCCGCCGACCUCGGUUACGACGGCGACGGUGGCUAUGGGCGGGGGGGGAAGCAAGAGGCCGACAGCGAUAGCGCCGGCGCCGCCGACUCGGACCAGGAUUCGGAUGAGGAGGAAGGCGUGGACUGGGACGAUUCCGCGGACGAGGACGUGGACGCGGCGACGGCGGCGGCCAUGGAGCAGGCGAGGAUCGGCAUGGCCAGGGCGGCCGCGAGGGAGCUGAGGGAGAGCCGAGCCACGAGGGCCCAGAUGAUGGAGUGGCCUUACAAGGAUGGCAAGGUUCCGGACUUCAAGAACACGAACGAGCUGCGGGACUACCAGCGUCGGGGCGUGAACUGGAUGCUGUCCUGCUGGAAGAAGAAGAAGCGGGGCUGCAUCCUUGCCGACGAGAUGGGUCUCGGGAAGACGGUGCAGGUGGUGGCUAUGCUCAACUACGUCUUCAGCAACUCGGAGCGUGAGCGGGGUCCCUUCUUGGUAGUGGUGCCGCUGACGACGAUCGAGCAUUGGCGCAGGGAGGUGGAGGCGUGGACGGACAUGAACCUCUGCAUGUACCACGACAACGGAGGCAGGGACAUGCGGGACCUGAUUCGCGAGUACGAGUGGUACUACUCCGGAAGAUCGAAGAGGGUCCUCAAGUUCCACGUCUUGGUGACCACCUACGAUGACGUCAUCAGCGACGCGGAGAUGCUGGCCCAGGUCCCCUGGCGUGCCGUGGUGGUGGACGAGGCCCACCGCAUGAGGAACAAGAAUUCCGCCCUCCUGGGCUGCCUCCAGCAAGUGGUUCACAACGGCAUGGCCGUCAACGCCUACCAGCACCGGGUCCUGAUGACGGGGACCCCGAUGCAGAACAUCAAGGAGGAGCUGUGGCCCCUCAUGAACUUCAUCGACCAGUCCAACUUCCCGGACCUGCAGAGGUUCCAGGAGAAGUACUGCAAGGGGGAGCCCGGGCAUGAAGUCGACGAGGCGAGGGCGCUGCGCCGCCGCCUCAAGCCCUACAUGCUGCGGCGUCGGAAGGAGGACGUGACGAAGGACAUCCCUCCCAAGGAGGAGACCAUCAUCGACGUCGAGCUCACCAUGGUGCAGAAGAAGUACUACCGUGCCAUCUACGAGCGGAACCACUCCGUCCUCAACAAGGUGGGAGCUGGCGCGGGCAAGGCGCCCAGCCUGAUGAACAUCCAGAUGGAGCUCCGCAAGUGCUGCAACCACCCCUUCAUGGUGCGCGGGGUGGAGGACCACGAGGUGGACCAGAUCGUCGGCAACCUCAUGGCGGAGGCACAGGCGGGGGACCCCAAUAAGGCGUCUGAACGGCUGAACCAGCGCGUGCUCAAGCAGCUCCGACUGGAGAAGGGCCUCAUCCAUACCUCCGGAAAGAUGGUCCUGCUCGACAAGCUGCUGCCCAAGCUCAGGAGUGAGGGCCACAAGGUGCUGAUCUUCAGCCAGUUCAUCGGCAUGCUGGACAUGGUGCAGGAGUUCCUCUCAUUGCGAGGCCACAAACACGAACGCCUGGACGGCCGCACCACCGGCAACGAGCGUCAGAAGUCCAUCGACAGGUUCAACCGCGACCCGAACAGCUUCGUGUUCCUCCUGUCGACGAGGGCCGGCGGCGUGGGCAUCAACUUGACCGCCGCCGACACGUGCAUCAUCUACGACAGUGACUGGAACCCGCAGAACGACGUCCAAGCCAUGGCCCGCUGCCACCGCAUUGGCCAGACGAAGAGCGUCAUGGUCUACAGGCUCAUCACCAGGGACUGCUUCGAGUCGGAGAUGUUUAACCGUGCUUCCAUGAAGCUCGGGCUGGAGCAGGCUGUCCUGGGAGACGCCGCGGGCACUCUUAAGCCCCGCGACAUGGAGGACCUCCUCAAGAAGGGGGCCUACGCCCUCACGCAGAUGGACGAAGUCGACGCCAUGAGGGAGUUCCAAAACAUGGACAUCGAUGUCAUCCUGGAGCGAAAGUCGCGCGUGCUCAAGGAGAAAGCGAUCGCCAAGGGCAUUGCGGACGACAGCGAUCAAGACGACGAAGAAGAGGACAUCCAAGCGCCCCGUGGCGAUCAGCACCGCGUGAAGUGGCGAAGCUUCGGCCCCUCGGGCGAAAAGACGGGGCCGUCUCUCGAGGACCCAGACUUCUGGCGGAAGGUUAUGCCGGACGUGAUGACCCCGGACAGUAUGGUGACAAAACUGGACACUUUCGAGGGCAUGGCCGAGGAUGCCGUCACCCAGGAGGACAAGGAUGCGUUCAUGAAGGACCUCGGGGUGAUGGUCAUGGGUCUGAGAAAGUCCAAUGACGACGAGGGAGAGCGCGAGAAGGGCGUGCAGCUGCUCGUCCGCGUCACGUGCAAGCGGGAGUGGUUCUCGGAGGAGCAGUGCAGCAAGGCCAAGAAGUGGGAGCUGGAGCUGCAGGGCACUCGCCUGAGGCAGGCCACGCGGCAGGACACCAAGGACGGCGACAAGGCCAGGGCCAAGGGCAGGCGUGGCGGCCGCGGCGCGAGGGACGACGUGUUCGACGCAAAGCCCAAGAUCAGCGCUACCCCCGGGGGAAGCGGCGGGAAGAGCGGCGGCAAGGGCGGCAACAAGGGCAGCGGCGGGCGCGACCACAACAUGGACGUGUGCGCCCGCUGCGAGGACGGCGGCGUGACUAUAAUGUGCGACGGCCCUUGCCAGCGGUCGUUCCACCCGGCCUGCCUGGGCAUGGACGACAACCCCGAGGAGGACCCGUGGAUGUGCAACCGCUGCAUGAACAAGGUUCAGAAGUGCCUGGAGUGCGGCAAGAAGGGGUCGGAGAUGGAUUCGCACAACAGGGCGGUCAAGAUUCCCGGCGGCGUGUCGAGGUGCCAGCUCAGCAGCUGCGGCCGGUACUACCACAAGGAGUGCCUGGACAAGAUCACCCCGAACCGCACGUCGUACUCGAAGGAAGGGAACUUCAAGUGUCCCCAGCACUUCUGCAUCGACUGCGGGAAGACGUCUACCAACUUGGGACCCCGCACGCUCGUCAAGUGCCUCCGCUGCGCCAAGGCGCGCUGCCCGGACUGCCUCAAGACCGCCCGCUAUGUGAAGAAGGGUAAGUGGAUGGUCUGCUCGGACCACGAGUGGACUCCGCAGGACCUGGCCAUGUUCGAGGAGCAGCAGAGGAUUAAGAAGUCGGGGGCUGACAAGGGGAAGCGGAAGCCGAAGGCGCCCCCGCAACCGACCAUCCAAUUCACGCCGGAGGAGGAGGAAGCCCAGCUGGACGUCCGAGCGCCGGUGUGCUACUUCUGCAAACGGGACAGGGACGACCCCAACUCGAUCGAGGGUGCCUUCAUCAGGCCUCCGUUCGUCCAGAGGACGAUCAAGCACGGCGACUUCCCCAUCUGGCUGCACAAGAACUGCAUGCUCUACACCCCGGAGUGCUCGGUCGAGUACCCCGGCGGGGGGGGCAAGGGCAGCAGCGAGGGGGGGAAGAAGUCAGCACCGGCCAAGGACGAGCUCCCGUCGACGACCUCCUCCUCCUCCUCCUCCUCCUCCUCCGACGCAACCUCCUCAGCGAAGAUCAAGGCAGAGACGUCAUCCGGCAAAGGGACGUCGGCGGGGGCCAAGGCUGCCGCUGGGGACGGCGGCGCAAAGGCGAAGAAGAAGCCGCCCUCCGGCAAGCCGGUCUACUACGGCGUGGACGAGGCCCGCAAGAGGAUCGGGCUCAAGUGCACCUCCUGCGGGAAGCAGGGGGCGCUGAUACCGUGCCAUGUCCAGUCGUGCUCCGUGACCACCCACUACGGGUGCGCGAGGAGGGAGGGGUGGAAGUUCGGCGGCCACGACUCGGACGGCAAGAUCUUCCUGUGCGUGAUGCACCGCAAUGAGGGCCAGGUGCGAUUCGAGCGGAAGGCGCCGGCGAAGAGGGGCCCCAGGAAGUCCGUCUCGAAGACCCCAUCCAAGGGUAAAGGUGGCACUCCUUCCAAGGGCAAAGGCAAGGGAGGCGGCGGUGGCGACGGAGACAACAACUCCGAGCCUGCCUUGGACGGCGACGGCGACCUCAAGUCUCCCAAGGCCAAGAAGGCCCGCCGCUCUCCCUCGUCUGCUGCCGGAGGAGGCGCCGGCGGCGUUAAGGCGGAGUCUGGCGACUCGAAGAGGCCAGCUAGCGGCGGCGGUAAACGGGGGGGUGCCAGGAGGCCGCCGGUCCGCUUGGGGGAGGAUGGGAAGCCGGUGGUGCAGUGCCCGUGCGGCGUGGCUGAGCUCGAGCCGCAGGGCUACGUCCAGUGCGACAACUGCCAGGUCUGGCUACACCUGGAGUGCGCUGGCACCACCGCCGAGGACGUCGAGGACGCGGGUGGCUCCUUCUCCUGCCUGGACUGCGUGGAGGACGCCAACAGCAAGAGCCCAAACAACGGCGGGAAGCCCCCGCAAGCGAAGCAGAGGAAGGGAUCCUUGGGAGGUGGGGCCAGCGGCGGCGGCGGCAGCCGGGGAGGGGCUGGACGAGAGUCGCUGCCUUCUUCGUCGGUGGCCGGCAGCGGCGGCGGCGGCGGCGGCAGCGGCCUGAAGGGGAAGGGGAAGAGCGGGCAGGAUUCGAAGGGCGGGGACGCGGGGGGCAGGGGGGCCCCGCGGCGGACGUCUCUGGGAGAAGGGUGGGAUAGGCUGGACGAUCAGCAGAAGAGCCGUUGCGUGAUGAAGGCGUUGGAGCUCCUGGCUAAGGAGGACCCCCUGAACUACUUCGCGGAACCGGUGUCGAACCCGCUAGAUUUCAGCACCAUCAAGAAGCGUCAGAAGAAAGGUCGCUACGCCAAGCUGGGGUUCUCCGCCCUGCGGGAGGACAUCAGCACCGUGUACCGGAACGCCCAACUUUACAACCAGGACGAGUCGGACUGCUUCAUCGUGGCGCAGAAGGGGCUGGACUCAAUGGCGGACAGACUCGGGAGGGCUCUUACGGAGGCGGCCCAACAUCCCUCCAACAACGGGACCGCCCAGACCGCAAAAUCCCACGCCGGCGGCGGAGGAAAGCGAGGUGGUGGCGGUGGGGCCGGAGCGGAAUCCCGAGACGAUGGUUCUGAGAUGGACGGAGAUGACUACGGCGACGAGGAGGAAGAGGAGGAGGAUUCGCCCGUGGAGGAAGAUGAUGGCAGUGACGAAGACUUCGAGGUUCCUGCGUCCGUGAAGCGGGGGAUAGGUCGUCAGGCGGCUGCGGCGGCGGCUGCGGCGGCGGCGGCUCGUGAUGAGGACGAGGACAGCGACUAUUACGACGCCGAGGAGGAGGAGGAGGAGGAGGGCACCCGCCGUGGAAGGCGGGCCAGCCCUCGGAGCGGCAGCGGUGGGGCCGCCGUUGGGGGUGGGGGUGUCAGCGACGGCAUGGAGGAGUGGGAGGACAGUGACGGCAUGUCGUCGUCGUCGCAACUGAAGCGCAAGCGGCGGUGA